UUGUGACGGAAAAGUCAACCUUUAACGAAUCAUGUAACAGUGUUUGCUGAAUAAUAUUGAAACAUUAAAAAGAAUGUACGAAUAAUUGUAAUACUCAAAAGUAAACUGUAGGUAAGUAUAAGAAAUUGUUUGGGUCAAUCUCAAUGGUGGCAGUAUUCAACAUGAAAAUUUUGAAAUAAUCCAAAUCUGGAGUUUUGAAACUAACCAUGAUAGUGUCACAGAAACCACUACUUCCUUAAAGUUGUUAUCUCAAGUGAUCAUGUAACCUCUCCAGGGACAAUUAUUCAUAAACCAAAUGAAGGAAUGCCUAAUUUCGAAAAUAAUAAGCGUCGUGGUUCUCUUUACAUUACAAUCGAUGUUCAGUUUCCUGAAAACUUUAAAAUCCCCGAAGAUAAACGUAAAAUGAUUGCAGAACUUUUUCAUUCAUCCAGUACUAGCACCACCAAUACUCUUUCAUCAUCUCAGCCUGAUCAACCAACACCAGCCCAAAUUUACAAUGGUCUAGAUGGAGGUAGCAAAAAGAUAAAUGUAAAAAAUUAACUGUAUCAAUUUGGUUCUAUGUAAACUACCCUGUUUGUGUUUUCCUGUAUUUAGGAAUCGUUGAUUUAUCCAACCUACUUUGUACAGCUGUCUUCUACCCAUUUAUUUGUAUUUUUAUGAUAUUUGCUGUUGUUUUUGACCAAUUCUUAGACCUGUUUUUGAUUUUAUUAAAAUAUUUUCAACUUUGCGGAUGCAAGUACAGCUGAAUUCUGUUUUUUUGGUAAUAAACAUUGAGCAAAUUGAAUUGAUAGUUGAUUUUUUGCUUGAUAAAUGCCAAGACGAUUUAUUGCAACGAGUUAAUAGGUAAACAAUUUAACUCAUCAUUUUUGUCUAUGUAAUUCAAAAUGACAAUAAAAAAAAUGCUCUUUUGUAUACACUCUGAUCUUAUGUAUGUAUAUUUGAUUAACAUACAGUUUUCAUUCCUCUUAUCAUAUUGUAGCAAAGUGGUUAGUAAUCAUUUUAAAACCACCCCACAAACGCCUAGUUUCUAUUGUUUUAAAAGCUAAAUUAUUACAUAUAUUUUUCAUCAGUAACUGGAUGUAGUUUUUUAUCUGGGAUAUAAAUGGAGAUCAAUAUGAUAUUAGACAUUUUUCGACAUUUAUACUUAAUGCCAGUUGAAUACAUGGUAUCACUAA